GAUUCCGAGUGGAUAAAGCGUGGCCGUUUUCGCAGACGCCGAGAGUCGUCGCGAGGAGAUGGCGGACGGGAAGCUGGGGGAGGGUUCGGCCGUGGCGUUGAGGGCCUCGCCGUCGGCGGCGGCGAUGGCGCGGGGGUUGCGUGGUGGUAGCAACCCUCUGGAGGAGUGGAGCGCGCGCGUGAAGGCGAUUGAGGCCAGGUUCCGCGGGUGGAUGGCGAAGCAGCCUAUCCACAUCGAGGCCGCGGUGAGCACGGCCGUGGGGGCGGUGCAGGGCGGGGCGCUGGGAGGGCUCAUGGGCUCGCUCACUGCCGACGGAGGGUCGCCGUUCCCCAUGCCGCAGCCGCCGCCCAACGCCAAUCCGGAGGCCAUGGCGUCGCUCAAGCAGGCCCAGGCUUUAGCUGGUGGACCCUUGGUGCAAGCCCGAAAUUUUGCAGUCAUGACUGGCGCAAACGCAGGCAUAUCUUGUGUGAUGAGAAGGAUACGAGGGCAAGAGGACAUCCAGGGCAGCAUGGUAGCUGCUUUUGGUUCGGGCGCUCUUUUCUCCAUAGUGAGCGGAAUGGGAACUCCUAAUCCUGUUGCAAAUGCAAUUACAACUGGUGCUGCUUUUGCAGUAUUUCAAGGUGGUUUUUUCAUGAUUGGGCAGAAAUUCUCCAAGCCACCGACUGAAGAUACAUACUACUCUCGGACAAGAAGCAUGCUGCACCAACUGGGCCUUGAAAAGUACGAGAAGAAUUUCAAGAAAGGACUCCUCACUGAUCAAACAUUACCUCUCCUCACUGACAGUGCUCUAAGAGAUGUGAAGAUUCCCCCUGGACCCAGAUUACUCAUUCUCGAUCAAAUUAAAAGGGACCCUGAGCUGGUACGAGCGGAGUGAAGUUGCACUUGUCAACUACUGGUUCUGAGUUGCAUAGGGUUUGAAAGUGAUGCCAUCUCUGUUUUCAUAAUUUAGUAAGCAAGAAUUUAGCUAUGUUUUUGUAGUUAUUUGUUUUCUCAAUCGCUUUGUGCCAAUCCUAUUGAAUUUUCAAUAACAGAUAUUUACAUGGCAUCCUAUUGAAAUUUAAACUGGUGUUGUGUACAGUGAUCAAACCUUGGGGAAAAUAUGGUGUGCCGUGUGAU